GAAAUGAUGUGUAUUUGUAUAUACCUAUACGUAGUUAUAGGGCGGUUGCGCCGACUGCUUAACCAGUAAUAAACUAGCUUGCGAACUAAACGGUUGUUUCACUCAUACAUCUCAGUGUCGAACGAGGAUUCUGAAGUACCCGCGCUAAGUGAAAAUAAAUAAAUAAUGGCUUAUUUUGGAAAUUUAGGGAAUUUCGAUCACAAAACUGGUGAAUGGCAGAUAUUUCACAGCACAUUAAAGCAAUUUUUUGUGGUGAAUAAAGUUGUGGAUGAAGAGGACAAGCGCGCCCUUUUGUUCACUCUCAUGACAGACGAAACCUACCGCUUACUUGCCGUUUACUUGGCUCAUCCAAAGGAAUUAGAGGAGCUCGAGUUCAACGAGCUAGUGAAAUUACUCGACGGCCACUUCAAGAAAAAGCAGUGUACGUACGCUGAUAAGGCCAAGUUUUAUGCUGCGACGAGAGUACCAAGCGAGACUUUAGGGGACUGGGCGGCGCGAUUAAGAGGAUUGGCAACUUAUUGCAAUUUUGGCGCAGCCCUGGAAGCGAAUUUAGCAGAUCGUUUCAUCCUAGGCUUGGGCUCGGGGCCCGAGCGUGAUAAAUUAUUUGAAAAAACGGCUACCCUUUCGAUGGCGGAGGCUCUGGAGAUUGCAGAGAAAGCAGCGGUCGCUAGGGAAGCGAAGACGGAGAUGGCGGCAACUGUCAAGGAAGAGCCCAUAUUUUAUGGGGCUAGUGGAAAUGGGCACGGCCGAGGCGGCUGGAACAAAGGGCAUCGCGGCCGUAGCAACAGCGGUGGCGGCAACCGGCCGGCCGGAGGCGACCAGGGGCAGCGAGAUGAUUUCCGUUGUGCCGUUUGUGGAAUGAGAAACCAUGAUGUAGAUAGUUGCCGUUACAAGAAUUAUCGAUGCCAGAAAUGUGGAGUUAUAGGACAUUUAAAAAAAGUAUGUAAAAGCAAGAUUACGCGAGUGAACUGCAUCGCCACUGAACGGGAGGAAAACUUGACCGAAGGAGCUGAGCAGUGUUGUAGGGAGUGCCAAAACUUUAAUUUAAGGUAGGUACGUGCCUAAUAUUAAACCAAUUAUCUUCGAUGUGAUUUUAGAUGGUAAAAAUUUAUCCAUGGAACUAGAUUGCGGUUCAGGAGUGUGCGUCAUUUCAGACAGUUUGUAUUACGAGAUGUUUUCUGAGUACCAAUUACAAAAAUGUGACCUUAAGAUGUGUUUUUACACAGGCCAUCAUAUCUCGCCACUCGGCUGUUUUCAAAUAGGGGCUACUUACAACAAUAGAACCGAGA